AUGGGAGCCAACAGCCGCGUGAACGACGACGAGGCGAUGCCCCUUACCGGCCACGGAGCGGGCUCUCGAGACUCGAUCGAUUCGUCUUCGACGGCCUCUAUAUCCCUUACUCUUGUCGAUGGUGCGAGCCACACAGCCACAGAGCCGUCUAAAUCAACAAAUGGCCACAAAAGCCAUACAGAAGGCAGUUACGUGAACGAGAAAUACCAUGAUAGCGAGGAGGAAUCAUGGCGAGAAGACGGCUAUGUCCCAUCCGGUGGGAAGCCCGCACAGCGGAGAACCCGAAUUGUAUUCUGGCUGCUCGUGGCUCUCUGCGUUGGAGGCUGGGCAAUGGCAUUUAUAAUCAUGGCCACAUCUCCAAACAAUAGGCACUCUACCUCAGAUUCAAGUUCCGGUGGUUCAGAGAGCGAGAUUGUCAAACCUAACACCCCUCACGAUGGCAAAAAGAUCCCACUGGACGAUGUCCUAGGAGGUAUGUGGGGGCCAGUUGAGCAUACAAUAUCUUGGAUUUCGGGACCCAAGGGGGAAGAUGGGUUGCUGCUGCAGAAAAGUGAAGGAGGUAUUGGACCAUACUUGCACAUCGAGGAUGUUCGAAAUAUUCAUGGCAUGCGUGCAAACAACAAUUCAAUUGUGCUGAUGAAAGAGUCCGUGUUUUUUGUCAAUGACGAACGCAUCAGCCCUGAAAAAGUUUGGCCAUCGCCGGAUUUGAAGACAGUGCUUGCCAUGACGAGGGAAAAGAAGAACUGGAGACAUUCAUUUACUGGAUUGUACUGGUUGUUCGAUGUCGAAACCCAGACUGCCCAGCCCCUUGACCCCGAGGCACCCAAUGGACGAGUACAGCUCGCAUCUUGGUCGCCUACUUCUGAUGCUGUUGUAUUUACAAGAGACAACAAUAUUUACAUCAGAAACCUCACGUCAAAAGCGGUCAAACCUAUAACGACCGACGGGGGAGCAAACCUGUUCUACGGCAUACCUGACUGGGUAUAUGAAGAGGAGGUCUUUGAAGGAAACAGUGCUACUUGGUGGUCACUAGACGGAAAGUAUAUAUCAUUCCUCCGUACAAAUGAGACUAUGGUACCCGAAUUCCCUAUAGACUUCUAUCUUUCAAGACCUCCUGGCUACACCCCAGAGCCAGGUGAAGAGGCAUACCCAUACGUUCAACAGAUUAAAUACCCCAAGGCUGGUGCUCCAAAUCCCACUGUUAACCUUCAGUUCUAUGACGUUGAGCGUGAAGAGAGCUUCUCAGUUAAUGUGGAUAAUAACUUGAAAGAUGACGAUCGAAUUAUUGCUGAAGUCAUCCCGGCCUCUGGUGGGAAGAUGUUGGUCCGGGAAACCAAUCGUGAAAGUUAUAUUGUCAAAGUAACCGUCAUCGAUGCAGCUAAGCGGGAGGGUAAAAUGGUUCGUUCAGACAAUGUUGACGAAAUUGACGGUGGAUGGGUUGAGCCGUCGCACUCCACGACAUAUAUACCUUCUGAUCCUUCUGCUGGCCGACCGCAUGACGGGUACAUAGACACUAUAAUACACGAAGGGUAUAACCACCUUGCAUAUUUCACCCCAGUGGAAAACCCCAAGCCAAUGAUGCUUACGACUGGAAACUGGGAGGUUGUUGAUGCGCCUUCGGGUGUUGAUCUCAAGAAUAACGUUGUAUAUUUCGUCGCCACAAAAGAAAGCCCCAUCGAUAGACACGUCUACAGUGUCAAACUAGACGGCUCAGAACUUCAGAUGCUCAAUGACUCUGAAAAGUCUGCAUAUUACGAUGUUUCCUUCUCUAAUGGGGCUGGUUAUAUGCUCUUGAAAUACCAGGGACCCAAUAUUCCAUGGCAGAAACUUAUUAGCUCUCCAAGCAAUGAAGACUUUUACGACGAAAUUAUCGAAGAAAACAAGAACCUGGCUAGGCUAUCCAAUGAAUUCUCCCUUCCGUCACUGCACUAUUCGACAAUCACCGUUGAUGGGUUCAAACUGCCUGUUGUUGAGCGUCGGCCUCCAAAUUUCAACGAGACGAAAAAAUAUCCCGUUCUCUUCCAUCUGUAUGGUGGACCAGGGUCUCAAACGGUUAACAAGAAAUUCACUGUUAAUUUUCAGACUUAUGUUGCUUCCAAUCUAGGCUACCUGGUAGUCACUGUUGAUGGUAGGGGUACCGGAUUUAACGGACGGAAGUUCAGAUGCAUAGUGCGACGCAAUCUAGGUUACUAUGAAGCUCAUGACCAAAUCCAAACUGCCAAGGAAUGGGGUAAAAAGCCCUACGUCGACAAAACACGAAUCGCUAUAUGGGGCUGGAGUUACGGCGGAUUCAUGACGUUGAAGACUUUGGAACAAGAUGCAGGAGAAACCUUCCAGUACGGAAUGGCAGUGGCUCCAGUAACGGACUGGCGAUUUUAUGAUUCCGUGUAUACCGAACGUUACAUGCAUAUGCCGCAACAUAAUACAGAGGGAUACGAAAAUGCAUCUAUAUCAAACGCCACUUCGCUAUCACAGAAUACCCGAUUUCUAAUAAUGCACGGUUCGGCUGACGAUAAUGUCCAUUUUCAGAACACUCUCACACUAUUAGAUAAACUUGACAUCAUGGGAAUGCACAAUUAUGAUGUCCAUGUAUUCCCUGAUUCAAAUCAUGGAAUAUACUUCCAUCAUGCAUACAAGAUGGUCCAUCAGCGUCUGUCCGACUGGCUGGUCAAUGCUUUUAACGGAGAAUGGGUGAGACUUCGCAACCCUAAGCCAUCAGGGCUUAAACGUGUGAUACGUCGUCUGCUACAUUUUGGAUAA